AUGGCUGAUCCUGAGCGCACAUUUUCUGGCACUUUGGAAGGCCCCCGAUCCGUUGCCACAGUUUUGGAUUCCGAAUAUGAUGUGAUUGUGCUCACCGAAACGUGGUUAAACGACGAAAUUACAUCGGUGCAGCUGUUUGGCCAUGAAUACAACGUUUUUCGUCGUGACCGUGACCCCAUCAGUACUGGUUUGAGUAGAGGAGGCGGUGUUCUCAUUGCAGUGUCAAACCGUUUCACGUCUUCUCCUCUCACUAAUCUUACUGGAAUCGAUCAGAGCUUCGAACAUCUGUGGGUGACCAUAGAUACGGGCCAGCAGAAAGUUUAUAUUGGCGUUGUUUAUGUUAGUCCUGCUGAUGCUAGCAAUCCGUCAAUUAUCGAUGCUCAUCUAAACUCAGUGGUCGCUGUAGCAGAUAUUUUACGUCCAAACGAUCGGCAUAUUUUGCUUGGUGACUAUAAUCAGCCUCUACUGAACUGGGUGAAGAACUCAGCAAAUUUUGCGUAUCCUGACCCGUCAACUUCGACAUUCAACUCUUGCUCUUCGGCUCUCUUAGAUACGAUGGAUCUUUUGGGUAAUCGACAGAUGAAUUUAGUCGCCAACUCUCAUAGUCGCACUCUAGACUUAGUUUUCAUUAACGAAAUGGAUGGAGAUAGUUGCACUGUGACAGCAGCAAUGGAACCAUUAAUUGAUGCCGAUCUUCAUCACCCCCCUCUGCUAGUCGAUCUAACCUACUCUGGUUUCACCCCGUUCGAAAGCGCAACAGAUACAUGUUCAUUAAACUUCUAUAAAGCCGAUUUCGCUCAAAUAUCCGAAAUAUUGCUUCACACAAACUGGUCGUUCAUUGAAAGUGCAACUGAUGUUGAUCAGGCAGUGGACUUCUUUACCUCUACAUUACACGAGUCAUUCCGAGACAACGUCCCAUUGAAACGACCUGUACGCAAACCACCUUGGUCUGACGCACAUUUGCGUAUGCUGAAACGUAGAAGAGCCGCCGCAAUGAGACAGUUGUCGCGCGCUAGAAAUCCGGUCAAUAAACGUAGGUUCAACAUUGCAAGUAACGAUUACAAACGCUACAAUCGAUUUCGGUACUCACAACACGUUGAGCGCAUGCAAAAUAUGUUAAAGCACAAUCCGAAGCGUUUUUGGUCCUUUGUUAACGAGAAGCGAAAGGAAACCGGGUUCCCAUCAGAGAUGUUUCUGGGCGAGCAUAAAUCGACUAAUUUGGAACAGACAUGUAAUCUUUUUGCUGAACAUUUCGCCAGUGUAUUCAGUACUUCGAACGCCACGUCCACUAAAAUCGCAGGAGCCCUUCGGUAUACAGUACCUUGGAGUAAUAAGCGGGCGUUUUCUAGUAUUCAUCAGCGAAGUGGGCAGCUCGGCAACUCAAGACUCCAUCCAGGGCGCAAUAGCAACAAAAAUACGGCGGCAUACUAUUUUUUUGGUAAUUCCAUUCUGUCGACCAGCAACAACGAUAACCAUACAUCCACCAGAGUAACGUCGUUUGCCUUCAACGGUUGGGCGAAAAUAAACAGCAGCUCAGCAGCAGAUCAGUAA